AUGCAGAAAAUUAAAGAAGAACCCGAAAAGCAAGAGGUACCAGAGCUAGUGGAGCCUGGUGGUACUGCAGGAGCAAAUCCAGAAAUGACUGCAAUUUCAACAAGAGAUGCAGCAGUUUAUGCAGUUGUAGAUGACGAUCGUGGGGCAGAACACGAAGUUGGACUGGAUUCUUUCCAGCAAAAACGCGUAUAUAAUCCCGCCGGCAGAUCCUCACAAUCCAAAAAGGCAGUACGCUCCGUUGGCGAUGGCGUAAUUGUCGGAUUCGAUGUCGUCAUCGGCGAAAUUGGCAGUGAGGCUGCAAAUGUAACCGGUCUCUUCGGAGAACCUGUACGUGGUAGCCAAUUUUCUGCCGAUAAACAGCGUCGCAAUCGCAAUACACCAAGACCAAGGUGGACAAGGAGGUCCCAGACACAACAGUCGUUCACGUCAUCUAAAUAA